AUGGCAGCCACCGAUCGCGCAUCCGCCACCUCCACCUACGACUCCAUCCACCCCCAUCCGGGCGGUAUCCUCCUCGACGAUAAGGUGCAUGUCAUCGCCGGCAACAACGCCACCACCGCCAGAGCCUCUUCUCUUCGCGGCCACGCCGUUGAUGUCACCCUAGACAUUGCUGACCCGUCCGAACCAUUGCCGGUUGCCAUCGUCCGCAUCCAUUGCCCUGACCCCUCCACUCGGCUCCGCAGCAACCCCCGAGUGGUUAGCGUGGAGGGCCUGCUCCUCCUCAUCAGUGUCCGCUUCGAGUUGGAGUACGAGCUCUUCCUCUAUGACUACGAGGUUCCGCAUCUCCUCUCCAUUCCGGCCCCGCCCUCGACCAUCAAGCAUGUCAAGUGCUUCGCCGUACUUCCCCGUGGUGGCCAGGCCAGAGGGCUUCUCGUGGCUGCCAUCGACUACGUCAGUAACAGCUUCGAACAGAGGAUGCCUGCAUCGUCUUCUCCACGGAGGAUGGCUCCUAGGCCACCCAUAGCCAAUCCGCCGUGGCAUACCUCUUUCCUCUCCAGGGUUACACCUGACAAGGCCAUCACAGUGGGGGAGAAGAAAACGUUGUGGGCUGACUUGGAUCAAGGGGUGAUACUGCUGUCCGACUUCUCCAAUGACCUACCUGUUUUGCAAUACAUCCCUGUCCCUUCUGCCGGAGCUGAUCCCAAGCUCGAGAAACCAAUCAGCCUCACAUUCUCAGUCGGCAUGUGCAGAGAUGUGACCUUCGCUGACGGUGUCAUCAAGUUCGUUGAGAUUGAGAACCGUGUGGCUUUUACAUACCACCCGCAGCAUGCUACCGAGGUUUCUAUGGUAAAAGAAGCACAUCUAAUCUCCAGCAAGAAGCCCUCCUUUCCAGAGCCGACCUGGUCUGCUCUGUAA